AUGGGGGCUUCCGAGUCUCUCCCGGCCAGGCAGCCGCCGCAGCAGCAGCGACCGCAGUGGGCGGACGAGAUCACGACGGUAUCCGACGGCCGGCGCGACGCCGCGAACGAAGACCCUCUCCUCCGCCGCAUCCGGUCACUUACCAUCGCCCCGCCGCUGUUGAGCGGUCAGCCAGCGGCGGGCUCGGAGACGGAGACCAGCUUCACUGAUAUUCUUGUACGGAAACCCUCCGGCUCCUCCUCGGCGGCCUCUGGCAAUUUGAGUCCAAAUCUGAUGUUUGAGCUUUUCGCUAUGUACCGUGAAUGGCAAGAAGAGAUGGCCAAGGAAAUCAGUGGAAGACAGGGAGAGCUAGAAAAUAAGAUAGAAACGGCAGAUGCAUUGGCUGUUAAACUUCUCCAGCGGUUCAAUUACUCUGUUUCUUCGAUGAGAUCAACCUCUCACAAUCUUGCUGAAGUUCAUCCACUGCAGGUGGAAGUUGGUGAAUUGAAGGGCAGGUUAACUGAAGUAAUAAGUAACUGUGAUGCAUUGUGCAAGAGGAUUACUGCAGAAGGGCCAGAAAGUUUGCGAACGUCCGUUGAACCUUUCACCACUGGCAUACUGGGGACGGGAGGUGGAUCCCCUGGCCCAAAAGAGCAACCCUGA